UCAGGCUUUUUAUUUUGAAAUAAUUUUAGAUUUACAGCUGAGUCACAAAGAUAGCACAGGAAGUUCCCAAUUAUCCUUCACCCAGCCUCCCCUGUUGUGAACAUCUUACAUAACCAUGGUGGCUUGAUCAAAACUACGAAAUUAAUAUUGAUACCACACUACUAACGAAGCAACAGGCCUCACUGGGAUUUCACCAAUUUUUUCAUGAAUGCCCUUUUUCUGUUCCAGGAUCCAACCAUGCCUGCAUUUGACAGAUGGCCUGGAGGGUAGAUGUGGCGUCUCCAGGGUCCCUCAGAGAGCUAGCCUGUGGCCAGCCCUCCCUCUCCUGCUGUAGCUUGGGUUCCUGCCCUCCUCACCUUCCUACCUUGUCAAGACACAGGCCUUGUUGCUCUGUCCAUGGCUCUAGCAUCACAGAUGCCCUGAUACAACCUUGCCCUGCCUGUCCCUGUCCCCGUCCCCAUCCCCAUGGCUGCCUACCCAGGCCUUCCUGCUCAUGUGCUCCCCCCACUCCACCCCUCCGCACAUGCGCACAUAUGCCCUGAAACGGCUGGCUCCGGCUUGGCUCCCAUGGGGGCUGGGAGCAUUAAGCUGCUCCCAUUCACCAUGCUGUGCCGCCCGGCACACUGGACAGGGUUCUUCCCUCUCUGUGACUGGAGGACACACAGUUGACUUGAUGGGGACACUGGUGGUUCCUAUCUAGCCUCCCGUCCUCCCUCAGCUGCCUCCCUUGUCUCAAGGCCUCUCCAGCCUCUGUCUGACUGCUGUUCUCUCCCAAGGCCUUGGGAACUCCUGCCUCUUUGUUGUCUCAGCACUCCCUUCACAGUUUACAAGGGGAUUUGGGGAGGGCUUUCCCCCCCGGGAUAAUGGGAGGCGUGGAGCCAUGGUUUGCUGCGGUCUUUGCUCUCUGGGCAGUGAGGCCUUCUGUUGUUUACCUUAGGCUGCCUCUGAAGCUCCCAGAUCCCUGCCUAGACAUGAUCUCACCCUCUCAAAUCAUCCCUGCGAGGCAGACAGGAGUCUGGGUCCAACCUGCCCCCACUUCACAGGUGGGAAAACUGAGGGAUUCACACAUGUGCGUGCCGCAAGACAGACACACACACACACACACACAGAGCAAAUAUGUUGACAAGUUGCUCUGCAGUCCUGGGGUCCUGUGCCUGCAGUUAUCUGGAAGGUGACAGGUCCAGGAUAGGGCCUGGCCCAGCGGUGUUCAGCAAAUGCCUCAAAAUUCAUGGGUCUUCUAGUGAUAUCCCACAGCCUAACACAGGGCCCUGCCUCCAGGGAGCCUGUGGUCAGUAUCAGCAGGUGAGAGGAGCCUAAAGAGACGCAUCCUGCGUUGCUGAAGUUCCUGAGUCCAGUUCUAAGGCAGCUCUACAGGCACAUUUCGCCAGGCGUGGUGGCUCAUGCCUGCAACCACAGCGCUUUGGGAGGCCAAGGCGGGAGGAUCACUGAGGCCAGGAGUUCAAGACCAGCCUGGGCAAUAUAGCAAGACCCUCGUUUCUACAAAGAAUUAAAAAUUAAAAAUUUAGCCAGGCCUGGUGGUGCACACCUGCAGUCCCAGCUACUCAGGAGUCUGAGGCAGGAGGAUGGCUCGAACCCAAGAGAUCAAGGCUGCAGUAGGAGCUGUGAUCACGCCACUGCACCUCCAAUCUGAGCAACAGAGUGAAACCCUGUCUCUAGGGGAUAACAAAAGUCACAUUUCAUGAGGGCAGGCCUUGCGUGUGGUAGCAAGAGCUAUGGUGGAGAGGGACUACCCCUGAGGGUUGGUGGGCUGCCUGGGGACGGUGCCCAGUGCUGGACAAUCCACACAGCUCCUCUCCGAUUGUUGUGGCUUCCCAACACCACUGUAAAAGAAGAAUUGCUAUGACCCUACUCUACAAAUAAGAAAAUUGAGGCCCACAGCUCACCCAGGAGCACAGAGCAAGCCAGCCAGCAGUGGCUGGCCAUCUGGUUGCAGGUCCUGAGCUUUGUCCACACCACCAAGCCACUGUCUCCCCAGCAGGGAGGCGCACAAAACUAUCAGAGGCAGAGGAAAGGGGUGGCCUCUGCCAGGUGAGGAGCCAGACGGCCUGCUUCGCAGAUCCCUUCCAGCUGGCUUUGCCUUCCAGUGCUGAGGGGCGGGUGAAGGAGGAAAGGCCAAGCUGGGAGAGGAGCAGGCGCUUGCCACAACCACCCCCACCCUGCUCUCCACGCGCCAGGUCCUGCACGCUGGGUGGGAGGGUGACGACAAGGAUGGAGGAGCAAGGCCCCACCCCCGCCCUCCCAGGGCGCAUCAUCUGCAGCAGAGAGGGCCUUGAGCUGCGUGGGAAAUGCGGUGGGCAGAGGGACACUGAUGAGGGUGGGCUGGCUGACGGCAGCCUUCUCUCAGCCCCGGACCCCUCCCGCCAUCCCCAGCCCUGCCCCCUCCCUCCUCCCAGCGCCUGUCACUCUUCCUGCCCAAACCAAGCAUUUAGCACUUAGCCUCGAACCCUCAGCUGACUCCUCAUCUAGGACUCCGUCCAUCUCUCCAACUACUGCAGAAUCUUCUUCAAGGCAGGGGUUUAUGUCCCCCACCCCCACGGGCCAUGUGACAUUUAUAACUCUUCGGUGGAGUGAGAAGAAAGGUAUUUGGGAUAUGAUCAACUCCGGCAAUGCCAUUGUGUGUUUACGGCAACAGCGGGACAGUGGGUCCAAGGGGCGGCCCCGGGCCUCCGUGACGUCACUGGGCUUGUCGCGUCACCGUCGCCUACGCCGGCGGCGCAAAGCGCCCUGCAGGAAAGAUGACGUCACCAUCGGAGCUCCGGCAGACCAGUGCGCGCUUGGGGAGUUGGCGAGCGGGGGGCGGCGGGGAGACGUCCGGAGCGCGCGGAACUGACAGGCGGCAGAAGCCGGGCGGGAUCCGCUGGGCUGCGGACCGGUGCCCACCCAGUUCCCGGGCGGCCCCCGGCGGCCCCGCCUCCUCGGUGACUGCCGCGGGCCGGCCAAUCCGGGCAGGCCGCGGCGCCGCGCAGCCUAUCAGCGGCCAGAGCUCGCGUGCGCUUCCGCGUUCGCGUGCGCUUCCGCGUUCUCGUGAGCGCCCGGCCCGCUGCAGCAGGGACUGGGAGGGGGAGCCGCAGCGCACGCUAGCCCGCGGCUCGGCUCAGUCGGUCUGCGAGGAUCCGGGCCGCCGCCCACCGGGGGACCCGAUGGCCUCGGAGGGCCUGGCGGGGGCGCUGGCUUCCGUGCUGGCUGGCCAGGGGUCGAGCGUGCAGAGCUGCGACUCGGCGCCGGCCGGGGAGCCGCCGGCGCCAGUGCGGCUGCGGAAGAACGUGUGCUACGUGGUGCUGGCCGUGUUCCUCAGCGAGCAGGAUGAGGUGCUACUGAUCCAGGAGGCCAAGAGGGAGUGCCGGGGGUCGUGGUACCUGCCUGCGGGGAGAAUGGAGCCGGGGGAGACCAUCGUGGAGGCGCUGCAGCGGGAGGUGAAGGAGGAGGCGGGGCUGCACUGUGAGCCCGAGACACUGCUGUCCGUGGAGGAGCGGGGCCCCUCCUGGGUCCGCUUCGUGUUCCUCGCUCGCCCCACAGGUGGAAUUCUCAAGACUUCCAAGGAGGCCGAUGUGGAGUCCCUGCAGGCUGCCUGGUACCCACGGACCUCCCUGCCCACUCCGCUGCGAGCCCAUGACAUCCUGCACCUGGUUGAGCUAGCCGCCCAGUAUCGCCAGCAAGCCAGGCACCCUCUCAUUCUGCCCCAAGAGCUACCCUGUGAUCUGGUCUGCCAGCGGCUCGUGGCCACCUUUACCAGCGCCCAGACAGUGUGGGUGUUGGUGGGCACAGUGGGGAUGCCUCACUUGCCUGUCACUGCCUGUGGCCUCGACCCUAUGGAGCAGAGGGGUGGCAUGAAGAUGGCCGUCCUGCGGCUGCUGCAGGAGUGUCUGACCCUGCACCACUUGGUGGUGGAGAUCAAGGGGUUGCUUGGACUGCAGCACCUAGGGCGAGAUCACAGUGAUGGCAUCUGUCUGAAUGUGCUGGUGACCGUGGCUUUUCGGAGCCCAGGGAUCCAGGAUGAACCCCCAAAAGUUCGGGGUGAGAACUUCUCUUGGUGGAAGGUGAUGGAGGAAGACCUGCAAAGCCAGCUCCUCCAGCGGCUUCAGGGAUCCUCUGUUGUCCCAGUGAACAGAUAGAGAGGUGGAGGAGGUGACAGGGAGCUAGGCAGCCGUGCUCCCUCCAGUGCGGACUUGUCUCCCUCUGAGGGAGGCAAGAGGCUGGCGAUCAGGGAUCUUGUUGCAUUGGGAGCAGGGGCGGCUCUCCUGGUCCCCAGGAGAGAUGCUUUGAGGAGCAUUCCUCUAGAUUGCACAAGGGACAGUGCCUUUAACCAAGCAAGGAGUCCAAAGCUCAGGACCUGACUACCCUGAGGGCAUGCUGACACCUCUCCCCAGGGGGAUGGGGAGCUUUCUGCACCCCCAGUGGCAUCUCCUCAUCACGUUCUGUGCCCUCCUUGGGAAAGGCCUGCAUCCUGAUCCUUCCAGGCCCUUCGAGCAUGGAGGGGCACUGGGGAAGGUCCCCCGAGGGAGGAGCAUGUUGCUGAGUAAAGAGGUGUUACUCACCUUG